AAAAUGCCAUGCGUUUCUUUAAAUUACUCAAAAUCAUGUAUCUAAAUCAUCAAUACGUGUAUCAAUAAACGCAUAUAAUACGAAAGAUUUUUCAUUAAAUACUGAGACUCCGUACGAAUUCUUUUUCAAUGUACCACCGGUCGACGUUAUAGGUUAUCUCUCUUUAGAGUUUUAUCUUAUCGCGCAUUAUUGAAAAUCAUGGACAACGAUCUCGCCGAGGCAAUCAUAACGCAGGCUACAGAUCCAAAAGUGGCAUUUAUGGCCGCGGUUGUCUUCGGGUAUUGUUUGUACAAACUCAUGACCAUGGCAAACAGAAGGAGCCCUCAAUCCUUCACGGAGGACUCCGACGAAACGGAUGACGAUGGCGUGGCAUACACAGACAAGUAUGACAAUUACAAGUUGAUUCUGGUAAUUAGAACGGAUUUGAAAAUGGGAAAGGGAAAAGUGGCGGCUCAGUGCUCUCAUGCUGCUGUCGCAGCGUACAAAGCUGCCAGGAAACAUCCGAAAAUUCUGAGAGGGUGGGAGGAGUCUGGCCAAGCCAAAAUCACCCUUAAGGUUGACAGCGAGGCUGCUCUGACGGAGAUAGCGAAGCAAGCUAAGGCUGCGGGUCUCUUAUCGAACGUAGUACAGGAUGCGGGACACACGCAAAUACCAGCGGGAAGCAAGACGGUAUGCGCGGUCGGACCGGGCCCGGCGAAAUUGAUAGAUCAAGUAACCGGUCAUUUAAAGUUAUUUUAA